CCCCAUGGAUGCAGCAGGCCGGCAGCGGCGUGCAGCUCCGGUACUUAAAAACGCAUUAGAAUUUAGAAGAAGUGGAGAGCAGUCUGAACACAAAGUCUGCAGAUUUCAACGUAGUGUGAGCGCGAUGAGCGUUCAUGGCCCGUAAUCCGACAGGAUAUCCGACAUUUGUGCCGUUGCCGUAUCCGGUCCAUCGCCCCAUGCCGACAAUCCGUCCGGAGAUCCCCCUCUCUCAUGGCAUUCCUCUUUUAAACCAGCUCUGCUGCUCCGACUCCGAUCCGUCGUCCCCCAGGACUCAGAAUUCAGAAAUCAGGAUGGCGGCCGCCGCAACGCUUCCGCUGCUGCUGCUCCUCCUCCUGCCGGCGCUCCCGGCUCCGUCGCACGCCUGGGGAGUCGACGGCCAUCUCACUGUCUGCCAGAUCGCACAGGGCCGUCUGAGUGACGCUGCGGCGGCGGCGGUGAAGGACCUGCUGCCGUCCUACGCGGGCAACAACCUGAGCAGCCUCUGCUCCUGGGCCGACGACGUCAAGUUGAGGUACCGGUGGUCGUCGCCGCUCCACUACAUCGACACCCCCGACGGCCUCUGCACCUACAGCUACGACAGGGACUGCAAGGACGAGGACGGCAUCAAGGGCCGCUGCGUCGCGGGCGCCAUCAACAACUACACCUCGCAGCUCCUCACCUACGGAACAUCUUCUACCCCUGAAUAUAACUUGACACAGGCGCUUCUUUUCCUUUCACACUUCAUCGGAGACAUACACCAGCCACUUCAUGUGGGAUUUACCUCUGACAGAGGAGGGAACACCAUCAACGUCCACUGGUACACAAGGAAGACUGUUCUACACCAUGUUUGGGACGCCAGCAUCAUCCAGACGGCUGAAGACGACUUCUAUGGAGACAGUGUGGCCGGUUAUAUCGACACCCUGAAGAAAAACAUAACGCAGGGAGAAUGGUCGGAGCAAGUGUCUAGCUGGGAAGCAUGCGACAAGAACCAGACUGCAUGUCCAGACAAAUAUGCAUCUGAGAGCAUCACCGCAGCAUGCGACUGGGCGUACAAGGGUGUCGAGGAAGAUUCAACCCUAGAAGAUCCUUAUUUCUCCAGCAGACUGCCGAUCGUCAACUUGAGGCUAGCACAAGGCGGCGUCAGAUUAGCCGCCACUUUGAAUAGGAUUUUUGGUUAAUGAUGAUGGGAUGCAUUCACUAUGAAAGAAUUAUGGAAUUGAAUGAUAUACAUAUAACUAUUGGUUUCUCAGCAAAAUUUGUCAGACAGUGACUUUGAGUGUGUUCAGCUUUUGAGUUUUCAUUAGUGCUGUGACUGUAAAUUUGGAUAAAUUCGCGGUCCGGACAAGCUGAAAAUCUACAAUCGCAGCCCUCUGUGGGCUACACAGCCUAACAGAAUUCGACGAGGGACAAAGGCCCAGAAGGCCGUGGUUAAACAGAAUCGUCGAACGCACAUCAUCGCACAUCACAACUGACACGGGCUUUAGGGCGGAGAAACUAGUUGCCGGAUUGUAGCAGGUCUGUAAAAGUCCACUAAAGAAAAAGCAGGCCUAUCAAAAUGUCUUGGAAAAAGUCAUUUUUUCCUCUUUGGGCCACUGA